UAUUCAAAGAGCUACUUUUCUUCUUUCUUCGAAUCCCAUAGAAAUAUUUAUUCAUUUUAUUUUACAUUUUGUAUUUUAUCAUUUUCAUUGAAAAAGAAAAUCGACGAAAUGGUAAAUGUUUUAUUCAAAACCAUCGUACGUUCGAUGAUGUCCAAGGGACUUGUUAAAGAGAGAAUUACACCGACGUUAUUUAGGGCAUUUUCUAACGUGAACCAGGAAUAUAAUCAAACCGAUCGAAAAUUACAGUUCUAUAAACCGACCAAGAGAUUAUACAGCGAAAGAAAAAUUCAUAAUAGACAGAUUUUAACAGCUAUAGACGAAAUUGAUAGUGAUAUUGAUUCUGAUUAUGAACAGGAAAGAGGACAGACACCUUUUUGGAGAAGGAAAAUGAGAACUUUGCAUAGUCAUUUAGAUGUAAAUAAAGACGGAAUAAUCAGUUAUGAUGAUUUCAUGCUAUUGGCAGAAAGAUUUUCUAAAAUAGGAAACUUAUCUCCAGGAGAAACUAUAGAAUUUAAAAAAAUACUAACAGACUUGUGGGAAGAAUUAUGGGGAGAAGUUAGUCCUUAUAAUCUAAUUUGCAUUGAAAAAUAUUUAGAGGAAAUGCAUCAUGUACUUAAUGAUCCUUCAUUGAAAAAAAAAUGUCAUAGUUUCUUACCUUUUCUUUUUAAGGCAAUUGAUAAAGAUCAAAAUGGAGAGAUCUCCAUAAAAGAAUAUAAAUUAUUUUUUAAAUGUUUGGGACUAGAAAAUGAUCAUGCUGUUGUAUCAUUCAAUUACAUUGACAUAAAUGAAGAUGGAAAACUCAGUUUGGAAGAAUUUGUAACUGUAGGUAGAGAUUUUUUUCUUACUGAAGAUCAUACAAGGCCAAGCAAACACUUUUGGGGCCCUUUGGUAGAUUAAUUUUCUUAUAUAUAUACUAAAUAGCUCGGUAAAACUUGUGAUAAUUAUAGCAUUAUAAGUUUUCAACAGUGAUAAGUAAUCUUUCAAAUGUAAGUACAUCGAAAUUAUCAUGUAGAGAUUUAAUAUAAGAUUUUGUAUCAACGACUGAAUCAAUACGAUAAAUAGUAUAAGAUAAUGUAUAUAACAAGAUUUUUGUAUCGAUAACUGUAAGAAUAUGAUAA